AUGAGACUGUCACUGCUGCUGCUGCUAAUCCAGUUACUGGCCCUCAGGGUCAGAGGAACUCCUGCCAAACACUGGCGACGGGCCCCAGCCCAUGGGGUUUUUAAUGUGGAUCUCUAUGCGUACAACAAGCCCAGGAUGAACCUGGCAGGCCAUCAGUCUCGAUCGGGUCCGGCUCCGCCCAUGGGUCAACUGCUGGAGCAACUGUCCCAGCACAGUCGUCGAUCCGCCGUCCAGAAGUCCCACUAUAGAAAUCUCGAUGAUGCUGCAGAGGUUUAUUCGCAGUCCAGGCCGAAUGGAAUGGAGGAGCAGCACAAACAAGCGAACAAAACAAUAGAAUCCCAGAUCGUAAACAUGCAAUUAACGCCGCUGCAAAUGAAUUCAAGUCUCAGCAAAGCGCACGCACAUGAAAAUUUAUAUUCGAGCGAGUUCCAUGUGCAGAAUAUAGGGGCCAAGAAAAUUGUGCAAUUGAAUACCCUGUCGUCCAGCCAUGAACGUAAACCAGUCCGAGAACAAGUUAUGGGCCUGGAGCAGGAGGUGCACCCAUUGAAAGUGGAACUGGCACUGCCACAGCUGCCCAUAGAGGGAGACGAGGAAGGGGAACAGGUGAAUCAACGCAAUGGGCAAGUAGAGUCCAACAGAACCAAAGAAGAACAAACUGCCUCCAGCUCGACGACAACGGAAGCCUCGGAAGAUUUGACAGCUCCUGCAAGGGAAUCCCUGGCCAGUGUGAAAAAAACACUAGCCGAGCCGGCGAGCCAGACAAUUAUCGAUAUGGUAUCGACAGGAAUGCAGGAGAUUGUCAGCCAGCUGACAGCGGAGAAUGCCGAUGACAAGGACACAAUGGGUCAUCUGGUCUCCGAGCUGGUCCAUCAUUCCGGGAGGAACGAGACCCCUGCUAAGCGCACUCAACUGAAGCCCAAGCGAAAGCAAACAAAAAAAGGAACAGUAACAAGAACAAAAACAAAAACACCUAAUGAAAUUGAUACAAAGAUGACGGCAAGCCCAGCAGUCACUCUUGUUCCAGCUUCAACUUUUCACCCUGCUCCAGCUCCGACACAUCCAAGUACAAGCUCAUCGAUUGAAAAGCAGCAGCCAGUAAAGGAAUUGGAAACACAAUCACUGGAAAUCAGCACGCGUCGUCCUGUAAGAACCAAGGGCAAAGGCAAAGGCAAGGGUAAGCGUCGUCCGGGCUCCCAGCGACGUCCCUCGACCACUGGCAUGCAGGAGGAAAUUGAAGCUACGACAAAUUGGUGGCAGAUACUCCCAUAUGCGGAAAUUAGAACAUUUUUGAAUACGAUUUAUGAUACAAUCACCGACAACGACAACGAUGCCGAUGAACGAGCCACGGGCGCUGCUUAAU